UACUACGGCGUCACUUAUGCCCUAGCCACAACUUGAAAAUUCUAAUGCAUGGAGAAAACCUGUUGCCUUCCCAAAAUACAUCCUCUGUCUGGUUUCCUCCACUUUGAAACACACGCAUCAGUUUCCAUCAUCCUCCAGCCCUGAGCUUUGCCCUCUCCAAUCAUCAUACAGCAGCAAGUUGGAGUAAUCUUCAUCUAAGCUUUGAGGUGCUUCUAGAUCACUCUAGGCCAAUACCGACACCGCAACAAUCACCACCACACCCUCGCAUCUUAACUUUCCCUCCCACGUUCGCCAUUUCCAUCUAGCAAACGCCACUUAUUCCUACCUGCCACUGCUAUUGACGUCUACAUGACACCAUGGCGCCGCAGCGAUCCUCUGGAAAGCAGCGGCCAGCCGCUGGUGAUACAGAAUCACCAACCCAGCCCACUCAGUCGCUAUCCCAGUCUCCGAACGACACAGACGCUGCUAAACAGGCGUUAAAUCUUCGUCUAAGGCUCGACUUACCGCCUAUCUCAGACGUGCAUCACGCCUUCAAAGACAUGCUUUCUAAACAGAAAUCUACGAUAGAAGCUGUAGCUAACAGCGGUGGGUUUGAGCUGCGAGUUGGCACGAUAUGUUCAGGCACGGAAGCUCCGAUCUUCGCACUCAAACUUAUCAAGGACAUUUCCAAGUUGCUCAACCAUGGCUGCGACUUCAUUGAAUUCAGUCACCUAUUUAGUGUCGAGAAUGAGCCUUUCAAACAAGCUUACAUUUCUCGCAAUGCUCCAGGAAGCAUCGUCUUUCGUGACGUAGUUGAUUUUGCUGAUAGGGAUGCUACUGCUGCCCCUACCAUUCUCGGGGAUCAUUGUGAUAUCCCUCGGGACAUUGAUCUUCUCGUUGCUGGUACAUCUUGUGUCGACUUUUCUAGUCUCAAUAGUCAAAAGACAAAUAAUGUGAAGCUUAUGAGCAGAGGUACAACUUUGUUCAAGGAGUGGAAAGCUUCCGACCAAAACGAAGCAAACAAGAAAGCCAAGUCCGCCCCACCUCUUCGAGAGGACUUUUUCGAUGAGUUUCGUGACUGGCUCGAUGGUAUCACGCCAACACAGAUACAGGCAGCGAAAUGCGGAGAAUCCAGUCUUACCUUUCUAUCCACUUUGUGCUACAUUAAAAACCACCGUCCUAAACUCAUCAUCUUGGAGAAUGUAUGCAAUGCGCCCUGGGACGCAGUCUGUGGUCUCUAUCUCCCCGGUGUCGGCUACGCGGCAACACACGUUAGUGUGGAUACUAAGGACUACUAUAUUCCUCAGACCAGGAAUCGUGGUUAUGUUGUCGCUGUGGACCGUCAAGUCUUUGGUGACUCUGCAAAUCACAUAAUCAAGGAAUGGGAAACUCAAUUAGUCGGGUUGAAACGAGCGUCAUCGACACCAUUGCAACAUUGGCUACUCUCACCCAAUGACCCCCUAACUCUGAGGGCACGACAAGAUGAGUCAGAGAAAACAAUCGCCAAUAGUCUGAGGCCCAGGCAAGAAAGCGACUGGGGUCGGAGCAAGAAGCGACAUCGUCGUGUUCGUCGUCUGCUUGGGUUGGGUAAAGGUCGCCCCAUGACUGCAUGGGGUCUAGCUGGAUGUGAAAGCCCAUAUGACAGGCUUGAUAAGCUGUUCAUCAAAAGCCAAAACAGUCGCGCAUUAGACUGCGUCGACAUUUACUAUUUGCAAUGUCUACAUGGCAAGUUUGACAUUAGUGCCAAUGAUGCAAGAAUCCCUUCCUACCACAAUCUGCUUGGGCAGAAUGUGGCAACCCAGUGGGAUAUCAGGUUCAAGUCUCAGAUAUUCGACCUCAGCCAGAAUGUUGAUCGCGGCCAAAUCGGCCGGAAUUUUGGCAUCACCGGUUGCUUGACACCGCGUGGAAUAAAUCUCAUUACAGACCAAGGCAGGAUAUUGUCCGGGUUCGAGGCUCUCAAUUUACAAGGCUUGCCCCUACGAGACUUAGACCUAACUAGAGAGUCUCAGGACGAGCUUCGUGAUCUAGCCGGCAAUGCUAUGUCCACGACAGUUGUUGGAGCUGCACUCUUUUCGUUACUCCUCGCUAUUCACCGCCAUUGUAGUGACAUCGAACCACCUCCACUGAAGAUCAUCACCACUGUAAACCAAUCCAUUUCACCAUACCAACCCCUAUACCGCCCUUCAUUCGUUGCAUCUGAACCAGGCUGGGACAGUGCGCCGGGCUCGUUCUGUUCGGUGCAAACGAUCCUUAACAUAUUCAGACGUUGCCGCCGCUACUGUUACUGUAACGGGGGCGCCAAGUACAGUACCAAUGAGUUGGUACGGUGUAAGAUCUGUGAUUUCAUUCGCUGUACAAGCUGCGCGGGCAAUCCUAAACACCAGUUUGGCCCUCCAUGGUCCAUGGAGGCCCCAAUCAUGAACGACACUGCACCCCCAGAGUUUAUGCAGCAUUUCCCGACGGCUUUGACCAGUAUCAUUAGUGACACGAUCGUUCGCAUUCCUUCCCGUCCGUAUUCUGAGGUACCUGAAUUACAGAGCCGGUUUCUCGAUUCCCUACGAUCAGCCAUUUUUUAUUACACGCGGGCUCUUAUAUCGGAAACCGUGACGAUCUGCUACUCCGCUAAAGAUGGGGAGUGCAAUUUUGAUCUCCGGGCUGUUAUUUCAGACACAGCAAUCACUUGGUAUCUUUUCUUGGACCCCUGGUCAACUUGUGGCCAGCUGGUUUGCAAGGCGCUUGGAAUGCCGCCAGCACACAUGUUACGCCCUUUCGGUCGCGUACGAGUCUGCCCAUCGGCGAAAGAAUUUAUCCCAGCACAGAAUGCAUGGGAGUUUUGGGUUUUUGGCGAGGUCUCCUUAGACGUUGAGCUGACAAACAACAAUGGCUCCAUCCAUAUUGCAAAUGUGUCCUGUGCAAAUCUCCCUGCUGCGAUCCGUGACGACGUCCAGUCUAUCAUAGGUAUCUAUGACCAUUACCCUGACUGCGAUGCAGCUGAAAAUAGUUUGCAUGUCGGUCGCCAGCGUCCAAGGCUUUAUCUUUUCAAAGACCCCACGAAAACAGGUGCACCCGAGGAGGACUGCUAUAUCAUAUCUGACCAGUGCAGGCUCCUGGAAAAACACGAAUUUCGCGACUUUCGUCUAAGAUUUCUGCCCAAUUGGACUCCACAGACAAACUUUUCUCGGACAAAACUACUGAUAGACGGAUACUGGGAAGGGGUGGUCACAACUCCUACACAAGUCGAAGCCAUCUUUGAAACCCCCCUCGUACGUUUUAUGAAAGAGGUCGGUUCACGAGCUGUCCCUAGCGGCUCAGAGUUGCAGCUCAAUGAUGCACACCACAAAAUACGAACUUUGGCAAGUGUUUGUAUUCAUUCAAACAUGGUUGACGAGACAUAUAUGACCUUGUCGAAGUACGAGGGAAUGGACCCUGAUAGUUGGGCUAUUGUCUCGCGAUCAGACUACUCUGCUCUUUUUGACCUUUUAGCCCCAAUCAACAUCAAUCUGAGUGGUAUUGAGUUUUCAGUUCACCAGAUGACCAUAGAGCGUUGUAGAAGAUGUUGCCCAGUUUUACCUAAAAUUCACUGGAUGGAGAGGGCAGGCGCCGAGACAAAAACCACUGCUCGAAGCGUUCGUGAACCUUAUUCCAUUUCUAGCGACAUACAUGCUUAUGAGAAAGAACUUCGAGGAUCCGGAGAACCUCUUCGAAUCGCCAUAAACAUCAAGGACAGUAAUGAUAAGAAUGGCUGGAAAGAUGUAUCAGCGAACUACGAGGUGAACGUUGAUCUCCUUCGACAUCGAGCAGCCGAUCACUUGCUGCGCCUCAACUGCCCAGAUGAAGCUCUUGAAGUUAAAACCACCGUCACUGUCAAGAGGGGGUCUUUGAACAUCCCAAAUCUAAGAUUUACAUCUUUCAAAAACUCACUGCAGCGUUUAUCAGGAAACGGGAUCGUGAAAUCUCACGCAGUCUUCAUUGAUGGGUACAAUCUCACUGAACAGCAAAAUAUCUCUUUGGAAUGGAUGCUAAGGAAAGAGCUUAAUCCUCCAAUUUUUACGGAACGGGAGAUCGAAGAAUGCAGGUUCGAUGCUCUCAGCCUACGUGUACUUGCUGUUGCAGAGCGCGAUAUCUCACGUCCUGGUGGUAUUCUAGCUGAUGAUGUCGGCUACGGGAAAACGGUUAUCAGUCUCGCCCUCAUGCAGGUUCAACAAGAUUUCGACCGGGAAAGAUACCUAUUAGAGCGACAGGAGAAUAGCAGAGACACAUCGGCUUUAGCUGCGUCCCUUGUGCUCGCUCCCAAGCACUUGGUUGACCAAUGGGCAGCAGAGGCCGCCAAAUUCCUCGGCUGGAGGGAGCCUGAUGUCCUAGUCAUCAAAUCCUCUCGUAAAUUGCGAGAUGUCCUCAAGAAAGCCGAACCCGAUGCCAUGACAGCUCCACCUCAGGCGAAGAAAGCUAGGACGGCGAGAACAUCGACCACGAUUUUUGACAAACUUCAUGCGGCUAGGCUUAUCAUUGUAAGCACGGCAGUGUUCGAUGACUUGUAUUAUACGUGGCUUGGGAAAUAUGCAGGCUCUUUGGCCCACCCCAAAGCCAUUCCCAGGACUAGUGCCAUGAAGGACACUGCAAAUCCCAAUGUCCUUGGUGCUUUCCAAGACUGGUACGAAGACGCAACAAUGUAUGCCCGAAGGCAUCUCUCGGGGUUCAAUCCCAGCAUUUUCAACAGGGAUCGACUUGAGAUGAUUGAACAACGCCAUCGAAACCUACAAGAUACGUGGAGAGAUGUUGUGGCUGACUACUAUGAUGCCUCAACUCGUCUUGGGUGUCAGACUACCAGAAAUGACGCCACAGGAGAACUCGUCAAUGGCAAAGAGGAAGGUACCACCGUGGAUAGGGAAUACAAUAAUGAAGCUAGGGCGAAUCCUUUAACGGAGGAAGAUUUCAUGGCUGACCAGUUUGUCCAUCCACUUGAGGUCUUCAGUUUCUCCCGAAUCAUCUAUGACGAAUUUUCAUACGAGAACUUCUGUGUCGCGCAGUUCGUCAAGAACGCAAGGGCUCACGCAAAAUGGGUCCUGUCAGCCACGCCUCCAACGAGCAAUGUCAAAGCGGUCUGUGAUAUUGGACAACUCUUGGGGAUCCAUGUUGCUAGGCCAGUCAAGCUACGUCCAGGGCUACCUCUCAUCACCGAAGGUCCAGCUCUCUUGCGUCAGAAUCCUACGGAGAAGCAAUUAUCGUACGGCAAAUUAUACACUGAUGAGAGUGUGUGCGACCGGGUAGAAACGGCACAUAACUUCCUUCGACAUUUUGCCAGUGCCAACCCAUUUGACGAGAAAGGGAUGGGUAAAAUAGAAGUGCACGAGCGUGUCAUUUGUUCCAAUAUGACCCGUUUCGAGCUUGCGAAAUACCUCGAUCUCCAGAGAGACCUUCGCAACUCUGAGUUGGACUUCUCUAAGCUUCUGAAGCGUUGCCAACUAGACUCUGAAACCAUCAACGAGUUCCCUGAGGAAGGAGGCAGUCGUGCCGGCAUAGCCCUCGCAUGGCUUGCAUCCAUCGAUUGUGCAGAUGACGAGGGUGGAGAUGUUGUGAGCUUUCGCUUGAGUCGGGACCGAAGCCUGAGGGAGGCCCAGGAGAGACUAAAGUUUGUUACCAAUGUAGCGGUGUGGCUGGCUCUUCGCCGGUUUCAGGAACUAGAGAUUGCAAACGUUCAAGAAGAGACCAUCAAGCCAAACGAGACUGCAACCCAAUACAUCCAGGAACUUACUUGGCACAUCGAGGCGAUUCUAGAUUCAAGUACAGAUGAUUUUAAUGGUGCAGAUGGCCUCAACGCAGUCGCCGACUCUAUCGAUGCUGAGCAAUUUGCGGAUUGUUCACAAUGGUUUGCCAGUGCUGACCCAGGAACGAGAGCUUCGGAGCCGUACUAUAAAGGACUUUUUACGCGGCUCAGUAAGCAGAUACCAGCAGGUGUGUGGGUUGCGUACUUCGAAUUAUCGUCAGCAACCCUUGCAAGCCUUGAACGUUCGGAAAUUCUAGUUCUGAUAGGGGAGCUUGGCGGACAAGAUGUUGAUUCACUUUCUCUUGCCGAAGCUCGACGUUACCUAGAAGAAUUAAUCAAAGAAAAGCAAAUGUCGACCAUUUCGCAAGCCCCUCAGCCUGAAAAUAGUCGCAAGAAGACCUCAAAGACCGCCUCGACCAAGAAUGACAAUAGACCGAAAUACCCCUUAUUUCAAUCCUUGAAAAAGACUCGCGGUGGCAGUUAUACUGAAACAGAAUCGGAGUUUACUGACAUUAUGAUGAAAAUGGAUGAAGCUAAAGCAGAAGUCAUGGCUACAGCGAAACGGGUCACGACCGCAUUGAAUCUCUUCUGUCAGGGUGAUGAGCGCAAGUGCGAUGCAUGUGGACUUCAUUGCAGCGAUCUACGAUUUCUUCCCGACUGUGGUCAUCUUAUAUGCUCAAAGCAUAUAGAGGCUGGGGUAUGCGGCCAGAUCAUAUCUGACAAGUAUCCGAGCGGCAGUAAUUGCUCUUCGAUCAUUCGGAAUCGCUCAAUCCCAGUCCAGCAAAUCGAUCGUUGCGAAUUGAAUACUUCUCUCGCUGGAUUAAAGGCAGACCAGGGCAACAAGGUGCUAAGAGUGAGUCCCAAGUCUCUGAAGAUCGCCAAUACAAUAGGCGAGAUCCUCCGACGAGGCAAUGAUAAGAUACUGGUAUUCUACCAAUUUGACGAGCAGAAGGCACAGAUCAGUCGCUUGCUACAACAUGACAAGACACUGUCCCAAGCACUUGCCAAGAACUUGGGCGACGAGCGAGUCCGCAUGCUGAAGCUCAACAGCGAAGAGGCUGCUGGAUCCAAUUUCCAGGAUGCGAAUCACGUCAUGUUCGCCAAUACACCUGUUUUCGGAAAACAGGAAGACUACGACAAAUACGUGAAACAGGCUAAAGGGCGGGCAAUCCGUCACGGGCAACGCAAAGUGGUGUACGUCUAUUAUUUCGUCACCGCCAACACGUUCGAAGCCGACCUUCUCCAGCUACGUAAAGGUUCCUCUAUCAGGGUCGGACGGGGAGAUGUGGCCUACUUUGUCGAUGACCAACAUCAUGAUGAUUCGAUUGGAGAUAUGGAAAUAGGCGAAACAGACGCAAGCUGUUAGGACCAGCUUACCUCUGGCCUUUCCAAAGAGGAGAUCUGGAAGCUCACAGACGAGACGAAUUGGUUGGUACAGCAAAAUCGCGAGUUCUAGACCGUGCGCGAUGACACGACUAUGCACCUACCCUUGCGACGUCACUGGAGUGACCGAGAAGUUUUCAU